GCCAUCCAAUCUCGGAGGUGUAUAAAGUGAUUGCUAAAAACAGAUACACCUCUGCAAUUAGGAAUUGCGAUUUGAUUUACUGGUAUCUGUAUAUGUGUAUCAUCAUCAGUCAUCGCUAGAAGCUCCGAAUAAGGUGGGUGGAGCGGUGAUCCUAAUUACUUGUUCUUCGUCUUUCUUUCUCACAGACUUUUCUGAGUGAGAGAACUUUCUACAAACACACACACACAGAGAAAUGGUGGGACCGCCAAGGCCUCAGUUCGUUUUGUUCGGAUCCUCCAUUGUUCAGCUAAGCUUCAGCAAUGGCGGUUGGGGUGCUACUCUCGCUGACAUUUACGCUCGCAAAGCAGAUAUAUUGGUGCGGGGGUAUUACGGUUGGAACUCAAGGCGUGCUGUACAGGUCCUCGAUCAAGUGUUUCCUAAGGAUGCUGCAGUACAGCCAUCGUUGGUCAUAGCUUAUUUUGGAGGUAAUGAUUCAAUGGGGCCUCACUCAUCUGGCCUGGGCCCUCAUGUGCCACUUCCUGAAUACAUUGAAAACAUGAGAGUGAUUGCAAGACAUCUCCAGAGUCUUUCAGAUUCCACACGCAUCAUUUUUCUUAGUUGUCCUCCUGUGAAUGAGGAAAAAGUUCGUGAAAUUACAAGUGAGUAUUUAAGCAAACUAGUAAGAACUAAUGAGUUGUGCAGACAGUAUUCAGAUGCCUGUGUAGAGUUGUGCCAGGAAAUGGGUUUGAAGGUUGUUGAUCUUUUUACUGCAUUUCAGAAAAGAGAUAAUUGGAUGAAUACUUGUUUUACAGAUGGUGUUCAUUUAUCCGCUGAGGGGAGCAAUAUAGUUGUAGAGGAGAUAUUGAAGGUGCUCAAGAAUGCUGAAUGGAAACCAUGUUUACACUGGAAGUCCAUUCCGACUGAGUUUUCAGAGGACUCACCAUAUGAUCUCGUUACUGCUGAUGGAAAAGGAACAUUAAAUCCCUCUGAGUGGACCUUUCACAGGGAGAUUCAGUGGAAAUAAUCAAUGGUCAUCUUCUGCCUGCUUUCCCCAUGCAGGUGCUUGGUUAAUUGCGGAGAACAAUGAUAUGUUAUUGUAUGAAACACAUGGAAUAUUUGAAAAAAGAAAAAAAAGAAAAAAAAAAAGAAAAGAAAAAUGCAAGGGGAAGGGAAGAAGAUUCAAUACAUUUGUAGCAAACACUACUUUAGAAGUCCAGGAAAAGACUCUUAUAUAUGGUUUACUCAAUUCUAUUAAAUAUAGCUUUGUAAGUAAGUUAUUUAGAAGUAACUUUGUGCCUUUCAUAUUUCUUCAGCCACAUGGUACUGUUGAAAGUUGGUAGUUGAGGAGCCAUUCACUGUUUGAUCAGAAAAUUAUUUCUAUGCCACAUUAGAUGGAGAAGCUGCAGUUUGUUUUGUUGAGAGCCUGAAUGGUCGAAAUGCAAAAUUUGAUUACAUAAAUUGAUUAAUCUUUGGCCAAUAACGGUUUCAAAUUGGAUUUUGAGUUU